CGCCAAAAAAUCGUCCCAGCGCCUUUAUUUUCUGUGGUCUUUCUUGUGAGGUGGUGAUCAGCAGCUGCACGGACAAGACAGCAGCGCUGCGUUCAGAGACAGGCUUCGGCUGUAACUACACGAAAGGCUCCGCGUAUGGAGAUCAUCUAUUUUUGUGAUGGCGAGGCGUCUGUUUCCACGUGCCUGGAUAAAUAAAUCGUUAUAUUUCCAGGCUCGUAUCUCCUUUGUGCGGGUGAAAUACCUGUUCCUCACCUGGCUGACAGUGUUCGUGGGAGGCUGGGUGAUCUACGUCCAGUAUUCUAACUACACCGAGCUCUGCCGAGGACAUGAGUGCAAGAACGCCAUAUGUGAUAAAUACAGGAGGGGCAUCAUUGACGGCUCGGCCUGCAGCAGUCUGUGUGACAAAGACACCCUCUACCUGGGAAGAUGUCUCUCUACCAGCCCCAACCACCAGGUUUAUACAGGUGGUUGGGGUGAUGUGGACGGGGUGAUCCGCUGCCGGGUGGGGGAGGUGCUGCACUAUGAGCUGGGAGAAGAGCCGGAUCCCCGGAGGAAGGCUGCAGUCUUCGACAAACCCACCCGUGGCACGUCUGUGAAGAAGUUCAGAGAGAUGGUCUUCAAUCACUUCAAGUCAAAGCUGGGCGAGCAGGCCAACCUGGCCAGCCUGGUGACCAAGAUCCUCACCGUCGCCGACGGCAACAAGGACGGGCACGUCUCCCUCCCUGAGGCCCGUUCAGCCUGGGCUCUUCUCCAGUUGGAUGAGGUGCUGCUGGGCCUGCUCCUCCAGGACCGGGGCCACACCCCUCGGCUGCUGGGCUUCUGUGGGGACCUGUACGUGACCGAGAGGGUCCCCUACGGCCCCCUGUACGGUCUCAGCCUCCCCUGGUCCCUUGAGGCCUGGGUACCCAGUGAGGCCCGACGCAGCAUGGACCAGUGGUUCACGCCCUCUUGGCCCCGCAAAGCCAAGAUCUCCAUGGGUCUCCUGGAGCUGGUGGAGGACAUCUUCCACGGCAACUACGGCAGCUUCCUCAUGUGCGACCUGAGCGCCGACCAUUUCGGCUACACGGACCGUCACGACCUCCGCCUCACCGACCCCAGGGCCAUCGUCUCUGAGGACGCGUUCCGGCGAACCAUGCGUGCGCUGCACUGCGAGAAGGACGACGACUGUGUGCUGGGGCCGGACUGCCGGACAUCGUGCGACAUGGCUCAGAGACGAUGCAGGGAGGAGGUGACCCAGCCCAACCUGGCCAAGGCAUGCAGGGUGCUGAGGGACUACCUUCUGAGAGGGGCGCCGUCAGAGCUGAGGGAGGGGUUAGAGAGGCAGCUGUACGCCUGCAUGGCCCUCAGAGGCUCGGCGGGACAGAUGGACAUGGAGCACUCCCUGAUUCUGAACAACCUCAAGGCCCUGCUGUGGAGACAGAUAUCCCAUACUAAAGACUCGUGAUGAGGGGACAACACAACCGAGUCCUCAAAUACUUAAAAGGAAAGAUUCACCCAUUUUGAAUGUUAUCGUUUUUGUGCAUCUGAGUGAUGUUCUAUCGAUUCCAGGGGUCAUUUCACGUGUCUGAGCUAUUGCUGUUCAAGCAGGCAGAAAUACAAUAUAACAUUCAAAAUGAGUGAAACACAAAAACAACCACUUUGGGUGGAUCAUUCAUUCAAGACGUACUACAUUGUUUUAUUUAUGUUUUGCUGACUCAUUGGAAGAAUAAUAAUAAUUCCUGUUCAGGAUGCUGGAAAAUAACUGUAGAUCUGCUGUUUAUGACAGGGCUCAUGGAGUCUUGUUUUCCCCUCAGAAAAAAACAGAUGGAACAUUUGGUAAGUUAUGAACUACACGUUGGAAGUACACUUGCACAUUUCAGUUUCUUCAAUGUGACCAAGGAAUCUAUCCGAAGAAACAGUAUUAUAGAGGUCUAAGGUAUUGUUCCAAUUCUCUCCUUUCCAGUGUGCACUUGCUCCCUUCUGAUUUGAAAGGAAAUGACUGGUAUAACCAAUAUGGUGGAAACUUCCUGUAGUCCAUACCUCAACCAAUCCAAUGCUUUUAGAUUUAUGGGAAAUAGUGGAUAGUGUACACUUCAGGAGACAUUAGAAUGUACCCAGCUGUUGACCUGAAUUCAAUUCCCGAAUCGGCCUAUGACGAGCCAUUAUUCUUGGUUUGUGUACCAUGUACAUUUUUUUUUAUCCCCUCUUCUCCCCAAUUUUUCGUGGUAUCCAAUCGCUAGUAAUUACUAUUACUACUAUUGUCUCAUCACUACAACUCCCGUACGGGCUCGGGAGAGACGAAGGUCGAAAGCCACGCGUCCUCCGAAGCACAACCCAACCAAGCCGCACUGCUUCUUAACACAGCGCGCCUCCAACCCGGAAGCCAGCCGCACCAAUGUGUCGGAGGAAACACCGUGCACCUGGCCCCCUUGGUUAGCGCGCACUGCGCCCGGUCCGCCACAGGAGUCGCUGGAGAGCGAUGAGACAAGGAUAACCCUACCUGCCAAACCCUCCCUAACCCGGACGACGCUAGACCAUUGUGCGUCGCCCCACGGACCUCCCGGUCGCGGCCGGCUGCGACAGAGCCUGGGCGCGAACCCAGAGACUCUGGUUGCGCAGCUAGCACUGCGAUGCAGUGCCCUAGACCACACCAUGUACAUUUUCACUUGUAGUUUACCACUAACCGUGUAGCGUAUCAUGAGAUCAUGCUGGAAACUAUAAAACUUGGAAUUAGUCAACCACUUGUGAAGGAGGUACUGUACAUGAACUGCUCGCUUUAUUCAGCUUCCUGUUUCUACAAUCUUUCAAGCGCAACUUUUAAACAGGAAACCCGGUCUGGUUUCUGAAGGAGCUGAAGCACACAGCUGAUUUUGAGGGAUCAAUGUAUGUUUUCCUUGAAAUUUGAAACAGCAUGAUUUUGCACAAUAAAUCCACAUACCACUCACUGUGGUCUCAUCUUAAUUUCUUUGUCAGCUGAGUUGUGGAUUGUCCUGACUGUAGUAUGCAGUGACAGUCUGAGGAAAUGUAAUACCCAAUACUAAAAAAAUAAAUUGUUUUAAAGA